CCAAAGUGCUGGGAUUACAGGCUUGAGCCACCGCGCCCAGCCUAUUUUCUUAUCUUAUUAAGGUUACAAAUAAAAGUAAGAUUGUUUAACAGGCAGGAGCAACAGAAAACAAGGACUCGAAACUUUACAAACUCUGUGAUCAAUUAAUGAAUGAUUGGAAAUUGUACUGAGAAUGAUGGCUCGCACCUGUAGUGCCAACUAAUGUGGAGGCUGAGGCAGAUGGAUCCCUUGAGUUGUGAGUCCAGCCUGGACAACAUAGUGAGACCCUGUCUCUAAAUAAAUAAAUUUUAGAAACCAGAAAUUGUCUGUACUGUACUUAGCACAAAUUCUAUCAAUGUAUGCCAAAUUAUACAUAACAUAUAGAAAUAGAAUCUCUGCUGUCAAAGUAGUAGAUGUUCUGGAUAAAACAUUUCAGGUUCUGAAUACAGAGAAAACAUGAGAGUACAAGGGAAAUGCUAAAAUAACUACUACUUGCAACUUCAACUGGACCCAGAUAUUUAAUCUAGUAGUAGUGUUGAAAAUUAUGGGCCUGGCAUGGUGACUCACGCCUGUAAUCCCAGCACCUAGGGAGGCCAAGGCAUAUAGAUCACUUGAGCUCAGGAGUUCAAGACCAGCCUGUGCAACAUGGUGAAACCCCAUCUCUACAAAAAAUACAAAAAUUAGGCGGGCAUGGUGGCAUGCACCUGUAGUCCCAGCUACUUAUGAAGCUGAGGUGGGAGGAUGGCUUGAGCCCAAGAGGCAAAGGUUGCAGUGAGCCGAGAUCAUACCACUGCCCUCCAGCUUGGGCCACAGACCCUGCUCUCAAGGCCGCGGCGGCAGCAUGGCAGGGGCGCGGCAUCAGCAGCCGCAGCGGCAGGUGGCCCAGGGGGUGUUUCUGUCGGGUCGCAUGGUCUGGCGGCAGCAUGGUGGACUACCUGAUCAGCCGCACACCGGCUACCUGCUCGAGGACAGGCUCACAGCGCAGCAGCUCUUCGCCAGCGCCCACAGUCUCACCUACCAUGACUUCCUGAUUCUCCCAGGAUUCAUACACUUCACAGCUGAUGAGGUGGACCUGACCUCAGCCCUCACCCGGAAGAUCACGCUGAAGACACCGCUGAUCUCCUCCCCCAUGGACACUGUGACAGAGGCUGACAUGGCCAUCGUGAUUGCUCUGAUGGGAGAUAUUGGUUUCAUCCACCACAACUGCACCCCAGAGUUCCAGGUCAAGGAGCUGCGUAAGGUUAAGAAGUUUGAACAGGGCUUCAUCACGGACCCCGUGGCGCUGAGCCCCUCGCACACUGUGGGUGAUGUGCUGGAGGCCAAGAUGUGGCAUGGCUUCUCUGGCAUCCCCAUCACUGAGACGGGCACCAUGGGCAGCAAGCUGGAGGGCAUCGUCACCUCCCAAAAUACCAACUUUCUUGCUGAGAAGGACCAUACCACCCUCCUUAGUGAGGUGAUGAUGCCAAGGAUUGCUGUGGUGGCUCCAGCAGGUGAGACGUUGAAAGAGGCAAAUGAGAUCCUGCAGCGCAGCAAGAAAGGGAAGCUGUCUUUCGUCAAUGAUCGUGAUGAGCUGGUGGCCAUUAUCACUGGCACUGACCUGAAGAAGAACCAAGACUACCCUCUGGCCUCCAAGGAUUCCCACAAGCAGCUGCUGUGCGGGGCAGCUGUGGGCACCUGUGAGGAUGACAAAUAUCACCUGGACCUGCUCACCCAGGCGGGCAUCGACGUCAUAGUCGUGGACUCAUCCCAAGGGAACUCGGUGUAUCAGAUCACCAUGGUGCAUGACAUCAAACAGAAGUACCCCCACCUCCAGGUGAUUGGGGGAAACAUGGUGACAGCAGGCCAGGUCAAGAACCUGAUUGAUGAUGGUGUGGACCGGCUGUGCGUGGGCAUGGGCUGUGGCUCCAUCUGCAUCACCUCGGAAGUGAUGGCUUGCGGUCGGCCCCAGGGCACUGCUGUGUACAAGGUGACCAAGUAUGCCUGGCACUUUGGUGUGCCCAUCGUAGCCUAUGGAGGCAUCCAGACCGUGAGGCACAUGGUCAAGGCCCCAGCCCUUGGAGCCUCGACAGUGAUGAUGGGCUCCCUGCUGGCCGCCACCAUGGAGGCCCCUGGUGAGUACUUCUUCUCAGAAGGGGUGUGGCUCAAGAAGUACCAGGGCAUGGGCUCACUGGAUGCCAUGGAGAAGAGCAGCAGCAGCCAGAAAUGAUACUUCAGUGAGGAGGAUAAGGUGAAGAUCACGUAGGGUGUCUAGGGCUCCAUCCAGGACAAAGGGUCCAUUCAGAAGUUCAUGCCCUACCUCAUAGUGGGCAUCCAGCAUGGCUGCCAGGAUGUCGGGGCCCACAGCCUGUCUGUCCCUCCGUCCAUGAUGUACUCAGGAGAGCUCAAGUUUGAGAAGCGGAUCAUGUCAGCCCAGAUCAAGGGUGGCGUCCAUGGUCUGCACUUUUAGGAGAAGCAGCUGUACUGAGGACAACAGUGGAGGCCAAGGUGGUGGAGGGGGCGCACCCCAGUGUACCCCUUCAGGCACAGCCUCCCUCCAUAACUGAGUGGUCUGCAGAUUUGCACUAUGGGUUCCCCAGCUCCUUUCCAGGGAAAGAGCAGGGGAGGCCCUGAGGGGUCUGCAGGCCCUCGCUGGGGAUCCCCUGCAGAGUCAGGACUGCUCCCUGGGCCAGGCUGCCCUGGGAGCCCCCUAAGCCCAGCCAGCUGGGUUCUCAGGCCCUGUGCCUGCCUCAGGUCUUUCUUGCUGCAGCCUGCUCCAGCCCAGCCCUCAUCCCGGGGCAGGCAGCCCCUCCUGGCUUCUCCUGUAGGGCACCUCCCUGCCCCCAGCCCCCCAGAAAAUGGUGCUCUCCUGGCCCUGCCUCUGGCCCUUCCUGAGCCGCUGCCCCCUCAGCCAUGUAGCACUUCUGAGCUCCUGACCUAGGCCAAGGGGAGGUCUCUGCCCCCUUCCCUGGCCCUGGGCUACCCUUGGGUCCUGCUCCUCAGGCCACUCCCCUGUCCCUGGCCCUGGGGAGGGGUCUGCCCUGGUCAUGGCCACCUGCCUGUCAUUCCUGACUUAUCACCGUCCCCAGUGAACCAUUCCUGCCCUCUCCUCAGCUGCAGUUGAAGGCUUUAACUUUGCAUACUUUGGGAUCACAGUUGCAUCAUUGUGUAUUAAAUAAUUGGAAUAAAUCAAGCAGGUCUCAAAGCCAAAAAGAAAAAAAAAGGAAGGAAGGAAGGAAGGAAGGAAGGAAGGAAGGAAGGAAGGAAGGAAGGAAGGAAAGAAGGGAGAAAAGAAAAGAAAAUUAUGUAGACCAGAGUUCAUGGGUUCCAGCUCUGGCUUAUCUCUCGUCUGGUUGCAUGACUUGUCAUUUUUGGCCUUAGUUUUCUUUAAAACUAUGAGUUUAAGACAUGAGCUGUCUCUCCAUAUCUCCCAUUUUUUUUUUUUUUGAGACAGUCUCACUCUGUUGCCCAGAGUGUAGGGGCACAAUC